AUGGCUCCUCAGUUAACGCCGACCCAGUCAGCAGCCUUGUUCGACAUCCUCUCCCACUACGACACCUACGCCGAGAUUAGAGACUUUCGCUUCCCAGGAUCACUCAGCCAUUAUGGACCACCAUUCCAAGUCCACAGCGGCCAUCCUUCUACCUCGCCUGCACUCCAGACGCUGGUCACUCGCUACCUCUUGACCCUUCCAGGGCUGAAAGAUCUCCCCGAGAAUUGGUGGAAAGUCCAGUGCUACGACAUCAUCGAGAAUCUUGAAACAUCCAACCUCAGUGAAAGCUACGACAAGGGCGCUAUAGGAAGCCGUAAGACCCUCGCCACCGCCAUCUCCGCUCUCAUUGAGUAUCCCGUCCGUGGCACAUUCGGUGGUUUCGCAGAGGUCAAGGACCCUAAUCCCAGCUAUGAUACGACCAAGGCCGAUGAUAUAGCACGAGCGUUCCGAGACUUUAUGGAUGGAUGUAUCUACGGUAGUGUGCUGGAGGAGACGGUCGCAAAGGCAUCGGAAACCGACGAUCUGAGUCAGCAUACCUCCUUGAUCAGAGGGGUGCACGAAUUCGUCCUUGUCAAUCUUGCCUCCUUCAUGCAUUACACCUUGGUCUUGUCUCCGAAGGGCCAGUACCUACUGAAGCUGAUCGACAACGCCAACAAGCUCAUUCCCUACAUGCUCGUCAAGCAAACCCUGCGCAUCGGAAAUGUUGCAUCAAUGAUCAGUGCAAUGGUCCGCAUCGGAUUGGCCAAGAUGAGCGUGUCGAGCGUAACCAAUUGGAUUGGCCUCACCUCUGGUGCGGACGAGGGCAUGAACCUUUUGCAGCACAUCAUCUCUCAGGUCCUGAGUUGGGAUAUCCGCGACUUGGAGAGCAGGGGUGGCAAAAUCGAGAAAGAACGUGGCAAAGAUGGCAAGGAGCAACUUCAGCUUCUGCGAGAAUAUCCAACCUGGUCGAGAGAGGACCAGACUCGCGUUCGUACUCAGAGUCAGAAGGAUUCGAUCUCGAUUGUCAGCUCCAUGCUCAAAGACAAAGGUCUCGACUCGAAUCUGAACCAACAGCAACACGAGCAUGCGCUGGAGUAUCUUGCUAUACAGCUCUCGAUUCGGGAUCGGAAAGAGAUCAUCAAAGCCUUCUGUCACGCUAGCCCGGACCACUUUACGCAGUCAAUCCGAGAGCUGGUCGAUGCUUACGACCCGGUCAUCAGGCAGAUGCACAACUCGAUCAAUCUAUCAGGAACCAUAGGCGACUUUGAGCACUUCCUGAGAGACAUGAUCAAGUUGGCCAGGAUUCAGACGGACGCCAAAGGGCGCUCCACCGUUCCUACCAUCGGAGACUUUGUCAUGCUGUUGAAGAAACAUCAGUUUUCGUGUCAUACCUUUAUUCACCAGGCUUGCAAGAAUGGUCCAGCACUCACGGACUGGUACCUUGUCUGGGCCAAACAAGCAGCUGCUCAGUUCAAGCGGCCUGGACCAGCGGUGGAGCGAGGAACGCUAUCCGACGCAGGCAACGUGACUGAAGACUUGGGUAAGAUGUUUGCAAAUUUGCCUUCCGAGAAGCAGGAACAGAUCCUGCCCUUACUGGACGCGCAAUCUCGUUAUUUGGACGAUAUGCAUGCGGCUUCGAGGGCGCGUCUUGAGUCGGUUCUGCACUCACCGCCGUCCAAGGAUAAGACGAUAGCCAGCAUCUUCUCGGGGUUGAAUAGCAGGCCUUCGAGCAGACCACCAUCACGGGCUCCUUCACCGGCGCCUCCACAGCACGACGAGCAGCAAUCGACCCGCAAAGAUCCAGAUGCGCCGACACCGGUCAUAAAAUCUGACGCCGGACCAGGCGCUUUUCUUUCUAGGUGGCAAGACAUCCUCGACAACACGCCUAUUACACCCCAUACCCAGGAAGGUAAGGUGUUGAAGGCCAGCAGCAAAGAUGUGGUCAACGAAAGUACCAAGGAUGUCGAUGGCGAGAAGCUGGCUGAGUUUCCGGCGAAAGAGGCCAAGGGCGACAAGGUGAAGCCCAGCGCAAAGAAGCCAGACGUGCGAGUAGUGGUUGAAUGCAUGGCCGAGGAUUUCAAGCGGCUGUUGGCAGAGAAGAGCUGCACCUGGUGA